AUGGGGGACCAUCAGCAGCUCAGACCAAAUCCAACAGUGUAUGAGCUAGCGCGAAGAUACCAUCUGGACGUGAGCAUGUUUGAGCGUGCAGUGAACAACGGGAUCCAGGUGAAACGGCUGAGAAUUCAAUAUCGAAUGAGGCCAGCCAUCAGCUGCCUAAUCACCCCCCAUAUCUAUCCCGAUCUCAUUGAUCAUGAUUCCGUCUUGAACUACCCAAACAUUUCGGGGAUGUCAGAGAAUCUUUUCUUCCUUACUCAUGCACAUGAGGAAGCUGAAGAAGAGGAUUUGCGAAGUCACAAGAACUUGUUUGAAGCAGAAUUCGUUCUUGCGUUAUGUCAGAGGCUCCUUCGCCAGGACGCAUAUACUCCAGAUGACAUCACAAUCCUUACAACCUACAGUGGCCAACUUCUGGCUUUCAAGCAGGUACGAACCAAUCGUCCUCCACUAGGAACUGCCAUGUCAACAUGCCAAAUGCUGAAGGGUAACCGAUAUGAGGACUGCAAAGGAGUUCGAUGCACCGUUGUAGAUAACUUCCAAGGUGAGGAGAACAAGAUCAUUUUGCUCUCGCUUGUCAGGAGUAAUGAAGAAGCGAAGAUUGGGUUUCUGAAGACGGAGAAUCGUGUGUGUGUUGCUCUGUCGAGAGCCAAAUGGGGAUUGUACAUUGUGGGAAACAUGGAUUCACUCUGCAGUGGAUCUGAGAUUUGGAAAAAGAUGCUGGAAGCUCUGGAGAAACAGGAAGCAAUCGGAACCGAGUUGGAGCUCCAAUGUUCUGUUCAUAGGGAUCAGAUUAUCAGGGCUUCUCUUCCAUGUCACUUCCCUCCUGGUGGAGGUUGUCACUUACAGUGCAAAGUGAAGAUGUUCUGUGGCCACGUAUGUCCAAAGGCGUGCCAUGCCUAUGAUCGAGAACACAAGUCACUCAGGUGCAAUGAGAGUUGCUUGAAGAAAUGCCCUGCAGGCACCCAUGACUGUGCUAAACGGUGCUGGGAGAAUUGUAAUCCUUGUCGAAUCCCCAUAGUCAAGACGAUCCCAGCAUGUGGACACUCAAAUGAAAUGCCCUGUCAUCUUGAUCCCGAUAAGGUGCAGUGUCAGAUUCCCUGUGUCGCACGCUUGGAAUGUGGACAUCAGUGUAAUCGAAAGUGUCACGUUCAGGAUGAUCCAGAGCAUAUCAAGUACGACUGUCAAAAGCCAUGCGAAAGAAUGUGCAACGAGGAACACAAGUGCAAAGCGAAGUGUGGGAUAUACCCUUGUCCCCCAUGUAUGGUGGUAAUGGAUCGCAUCUUGCCUUGCGGACAUGAAGAGAAACUUCCUUGCCAUUUUAAUGCCAAUGCGUAUAAGUGCAUGCAGAAAUGCAAUAGAGCUUUACCCUGUGGACAUCGAUGUCGUCUCAAGUGCAGUGAUGCGUGUGGACUAUGCAAGAGGCGGGUUAAGAAGACCAUUCCUGGCUGCGGUCAUGAGGUGGAGGUGGAAUGUUGGUCGAUUCCGAAGAGAGAGGAUUGCACAUACUCUUGUGAAAGAACGCUUAGUUGCGGUCAUUCGUGCUCGAACUUGUGUAGAGAAGUAUGCACAAUGCAGUGCAAGGUCCUGGUUCCAUACUGUGGAUAUACUCCAUCUAUUUGUGGCCAUGCUGUCAUCGUUCCGUGCUGCGAUUCAAGGAAAAAUAUUGACCUGAAGGAGCUGUUGGAAUUGUGUAAAGUUCCUUGUUCAAAGGAGCUCCCUGGUUGCAGGCACAUUUGCGAGGGAAAAUGUGGGGAUUGCUGGGGAGGCAGACUCCAUCGAGAAUGCAAUCAGAUGUGUCUUCGUCCAUUAGUCUGCGGACAC